AUGGAAAAGAGUGAUUCAUCACCUACAACCCUGGAGGAACAGAGCCAACCUGUUUUUGAUCAACCCACCAAAGCAACCUCUUUCUCAUCAUCUCGUCGGAAGAAAGAUAGCCAUGCACUUCUUGCAAUUCUUGAUAUGUAUAAAUACUUGCUGGAUCAUUAUCCUCCCCUGUUGGUGAAAUCAUUAACUGCUUCUCUUAUUUCAUUCCUUGCGACGGUUGUAAGUCAAAAAGCCAUCAAGGGAAUGCCAAAAGUGAAUUGGAACAAUGUUCUCAAUUUUACCAUUACGGGAGGUGUAUGUGCAGGCUUUUCUCAUUAUUGGUACAUUCUGUUGGAUAAGAUCAUGGAACAACUCAAGAUGAUUAAGAUUGUGCGACCUAUUGUAUGCAAUCGAACAUUGGAGAAGUUUGCAAUCAUUCCAACACUGAUUGAUCAAGCGUUCUAUGCUCCAUUCAUCAAUGUUGUAUUCAUUGCAGUUUUAGCGUUUCUUGAAACACGAUCCUUCUCCGUGGAAAAAGCCUUAAUGAACGUUAAGCGAGAUUUCUGGACUACUCUCACCCGUGGAUACAUGUUAUGGCCGGUUGCUACCAUUGUUGUGUUGUCGGCAGUUCCUUCCGAGCUCCGAGUUCUCUUCUUUAACAUUAUUGGGUUUUUCUGGAGUUGUUAUUUGGCCUAUGCCUUGUAG